CGUCGCCCGCGAGCUUCCUUCCCUCCCAUUGGCUGUGCGAGCUGCCAGUCACACCCAACGCCCGCCUCCCGGGGUGUCCCUCCCAGGCGCCUCGGUGUUGGCUGCAUUCAGUGGCGGGUUCCGCGGUGGACGCAGCUCCGGCGGGCGGGCGCUGCUCUCGCUCAGUCGGAACAGGUCCUCGGCCGGCAUCGUUCAGCGGGCAGCAACCGCAGGAGGAGGUGCUGCAGAGGAAGGCAGGAAGGCAGGAUGCUGUCCCGACUGCGCGCGGCCGCGGCGCCCUGCGCGAUGGCGCGGCGCAGCCUGCACACCAAGGAGAAGGGCAAGCCCCUCAUGCUGAACCCUCGCACGAACAAGGGCAUGGCCUUCACCUUGCACGAGCGGCAGAUGCUUGGGCUGCAGGGGCUCCUCCCUCCCAAAAUAGAGACACAGGACAUCCAAGCCCUACGCUUCCACAAGAAUUUGGCAAAAAUGACUGACCCCUUGGAAAAGUACAUCUACAUCAUGGGGAUCCAGGAGAGGAAUGAGAAGCUGUUCUACAGGGUGCUGCAGGACGACAUUGAGCGGCUGAUGCCCAUUGUCUACACCCCAACGGUGGGCCUGGCCUGCUCCCAGUAUGGACACAUCUUCAGGAGACCAAAAGGAUUGUUUAUUUCUAUCUCAGACAGAGGCCACAUAAGGUCAAUUGUGAACAACUGGCCAGAGAACGACGUUAAGGCUGUUGUCGUCACCGAUGGAGAAAGAAUACUGGGUCUUGGAGACCUGGGUGUGUAUGGGAUGGGAAUUCCUGUGGGAAAGCUGUGUUUGUACACAGCCUGUGCAGGGAUACACCCAGAUAAAUGCCUGCCCGUGUGCAUCGACGUGGGGACUGAUAACCCAACACUCCUUAAAGAUCCCUUUUACAUGGGGCUGUACCAGAAGAGGGAUCGCUCGCAGGUGUACGACGACCUGAUAGACGAGUUUAUGGAAGCCAUCACAGACAGGUAUGGCCAGAACACUCUGAUCCAGUUUGAGGACUUUGGGAACCACAACGCCUUCCGGUUCCUGCGGAAAUACAGGGAGAAGUACUGCACCUUCAACGACGAUAUCCAAGGCACGGCCUCGGUGGCCUUGGCAGGACUGCUGGCAGCACAGAAAGCCACGGGGAAGCCACUCACAGACCAGAAGGUGCUGUUUCUUGGAGCUGGAGAGGCCGCGCUGGGAAUCGCAAACCUCAUAGUGAUGGCCAUGGUGGAGAGUGGCGUGUCCCACGAGGAGGCCUCCAGGAGGAUAUGGAUGUUUGACAAGCACGGCCUGCUGGUUCAGGGCCGGGAGCAGAAGGUGGAUUCGCACCAGGAGCCGUUCGCACACCAGGCUCCAGAGCACAUACCAAAGACGUUUGUGGAGGCAGUGAAUGUACUGCGGCCUUCUGCCAUCAUCGGAGUCGCUGGGGCGGGGCGUCUCUUCUCCGAGGAUGUGCUCAAAGCCAUGGCCUCCAUCAACGAGCGGCCCAUCAUAUUUGCGCUGAGCAACCCCACGGCCAAGGCGGAGUGCACGGCGGAGGAGGCGUACACGGUGACAGAGGGCCGUUGCCUGUUUGCCAGUGGCAGUCCCUUCGAGCUGGUGACUCUGAAGGAUGGAAGAACUUUCAAGCCAGGCCAAGGAAACAACGCUUACAUUUUUCCAGGCGUGGCUCUGGCUGUGAUCCUCAGCAGCGUGCGGCACAUCAGCGAUCAGGUUUUCCUGGCGGCUGCCAAGGCAUUGGCAGAGCAGCUGACGGAUGAAGAGCUCGCACAAGGAAGGCUUUAUCCUCCACUGUCCAAUAUCAGGGAAGUUUCUAUUUACAUUGCUGUCAAGGUGAUGGAGUUCCUGUACGCCAACAACAUGGCCUUCCACUACCCCGAGCCGGAGGACAAGAACCGCUACAUCCGCUCCAAGGUCUGGACCUACGAGUACGAGUCCUUCAUGCCCGACGUGUACGACUGGCCCGAGUCCAAGGUGCACUGACGGCACCUCCUCAGGCACCUCCUCCUACUCUGCAGGGAUCCCUUUCUCAGACCAACCCAAAUCAUGAGCUUUCACUCCUCUAAUUUAUUUUGCGCUCGUUUUGUUGCCUUUUUUUUGGUUGUCUUCUUUUUUUUUUUGUUUUC